AUGUCAUGCUUCGGCUGUAUUGGCCAAGAUAAUGAACUGGACAAGAGACGUAAAUCCUCCAGGUAUAGUUCAAAUCCCAAUUUGUCUGAGGGUAGAUCCGUGCGCCGGAAAGAGAGUGCCUUGAAAACGAGUCUGCAAAUAAUAGAAGAACUCAGCGAAUCAACCUACGGACUGGCAAUAGAAGGAAAGGAGAACAAGCCUUACGAAGCUCAAGACUUCUUUGCCUUCAAAGAGAUACUCGGCAGCGGCGUGGUGGCUGUAGUGUUCAGGGCUUACUUCAAGCCCACGGGCAAAGUUUACGCUGUCAAGUUCAUCUCCAACUUAAAACAGAGCCGUCAAUUCGUCUCCAGGGAGCUGACCAUUUUGAAACUGUCAUGCAACUGCAAGUACCUGGUACAGUAUCACUCACACUUCAGGGUUGGUACCAACAUGUACUUCGUCAUCGAACUGUGCGAUGGAGGCACGCUGGAGGAGCUUCUAGACCACAAGUUUUUGAUGCCCCCACGCCUCGGCAGAACAUACCUGAGAGAACUGGCUAGCGCCCUUAUGUACUUGCACAGUUUGAAAUUCGUUCACCGGGAUGUACACGUGGCCAACUGUCUUCUUACAAGUACUGCACACCUGCGACUGUCGGACUUUGGUCUGACUCGGACCGUAGAUGACCCUAAUGGCGAGAUGAUGACCAUCUGCGGCAAGGCAGCCAUUCGAGCACCGGAGCUCUACCUGGACAAACUCUGCGGCUUCGGUCUGGACUGGUGGAGUAUGGGGAUCAUGUUGUACCGGUUCGUCACCGGCUACUACCCGUUUCAAACGGAGAAACUGACCCAAGGAUUUCAGUCGGUGACAAAGCUCAAGGAGAAGUACCCAGAGUGGCUGUUCGACGACCCGCAUACAACUGACCUCUGCCAGAAACUUCUAGAGAAGGACCCCAAACAGAGGCUUGGCUAUCAGAACGAAGCCGUGGAGAUCAAGUCGCAUCCGUACUUUUCCGGUAUGAACUGGAACGUGGAUGAAAACAUUGAGAACGUUCUAGAACAAGACUUGAAGACGGUCUCCAAGCAAUACAUCCCAGUCUUCAAGAGAAUCCUUCGCAUCCUGGGCGCCCACAACCACCCUCUGCUCGGGGUCAGCGAGGGGACGCGAGACAGUGACAUUUCCAUCACCCAGAUGCUGGCCAGAGACCUGGAGUCCCGCAACAUUGCCAAGAAACUGACCGAUUUCUUGUCGCUCUCAGCCGCACCCAACAGCGAUAUUUUGUCCAAGAAAAACCUAGCCAGUUCCAUGCCUGGCUCAGGCGUCUGA